AUGGAGGAAAACGCUGUGCGACAGGGGAUCCUCGAGAAGGCAAGCAAGGCGCAAGUCUCUGGAUCUGCGAAGCGUCAAGGCCGGUGGACAUUCAUUCCUCUGCGAGAUUGCGUCCAGCUGGUCGCCCCUCCGCACGAUGCAUGCAGUUUCCUGCUGCAGACGCGCGAACGCUCUCACUACUGGAAAGCAAAGUCUCAAACGGAACGCGACGCUUGGCUCCAUGCGUUGGCGACGCAGUGUAUCUCCAUCCGCGAGGGCGACUUGCUGAGAGACGUUGAACGCCGCAUUCGCGAGGGAGAAGAGAGGCGAGCUUCCACGAUGCUCCAGUCGCUGGAAAGCAUGUACAGGCUGGACGGGACUCUGUCGUUUAUCGACACCCAAGAACUGCUUGCGGGGUUUGUCGUCGACUUUUACCGCACCCUGGCGGAUCGAAAAGAGAAGCGAGAGAGAGAAGAGAAAGCGCGAGACGGGGAUAGGCACGAGGGAGGCCCUUACGAACAAUCGGAGGAAGAGGCAGAGAGCCUGUUUGGCUACAUGACAGACGACACUGCCCCGCCCCAAUUUACGCUUCAGCAAGUGCUAGCCUACAUUCGUUCCUACGACCCAGAGAGCGAAGCACCAACAGGAGCGCGUCACCGCGAGGGAGAACGCGGGAAGGAGACAGCGACAGAAGGAGGAAGACGCGAAGCGACAAAGACCGCCGCGACGGAGCGAGACGCCGACGGAGGAGGAAAGGGAAGGGCCAAGGAGAGAAACAGCGAAGAGCACGAAGACGAAGAUACCGAUCAACAAGCAAAACAGGAAAGGAAAGAGAUCCGAGAGUGGCUAGAGGAAGUCAUCUUUCCUCGUUUCAUGGGAUCUUCGAUUAUCCAGCGAAGAAUCGCCCAACUAGCCGCUUCGCGGACGGUUGUCAGCUGGGGCUGCGAUCCCCUUCGGAGCCCGCUGCUGUGCUCCCUCGAGCACACAGGCGGCCUCUCGCGAUAG